GCUAUAGUGAUUUUUUGUUUUUGUAUACAAAUUAGUUGAAUAUCAUUAAAUAUCAUAAGGUUAUAACACAAUACAGGGACAUGGUUCGUUUUAGACCAAUGGAUCGAUUUAAGGGUAGCCUACAUAAUAUGUGACACUUUUAGUCCGCACAGCAGUGUAUUUUGCGCCGCAAGUAUUAUUUUGCUUCAAUUAAUGCUAGGAUGCAUAUGGCAGGCAUAAAAUUUCCCAACUUUGCGAAAAUUUGAUAAGAGGGGCGGUGACAACUGGGACUUCCUAUCUAGAAAACAUACCGGACUGGAUGAAGGUAACCUAUAAUUAAAUCGAAAGUAAAAUAAAACUGAUUUUUGUCACACGGAAUUUGGGGUAGUUGCGAUUCAUCUCCAUCGAACAUUUAGCAUGACCUCCGAUGCACAAAUCCACAACAACGACAAAAUAUCGAAACAUAUCACCAAACAAAAUCAAAAGGAUUGUGCAACAAAAUGGAAUGUUUUUCUGCUGACUUUGAGCUUCAUUCUUGGCGCGGAGACGUUCAUUUCUGCGCGUCUAUUGCAUGGUCUUUUCGAGGACAUUUUAAAGGCCCACGAUGAAGUUAAAUAUGGGGAGUAUCCUGUUGAAUGUCUGUACAAAUUUCUAGAUAUAAACAUUCAAACCUAUCAUCAAAUAGACUUGGAAACCUGUGAUUUACUCAUUCACGAGUUCGGCCAUGGAGCCCAAAGGCGGCUGCAGUGGGACAUAAAAAAUGUCAUCUUUGAAUCUAUGGAUGAAUGCAAUAUAAGCCAGAAGUAUCUACCUGCUAUUCAUGUUGGAGCGGAGACUGAACUUCGCCAGCUUAAUCAUCUACCAGGUGAUGGAGCAAAUGAGAGGACUUCAACACAUCGCCUCCGGUGGAAUAAUAUUGAGGAGCAGGUCACUGAAGAUGGCUUAAUGCGUGUCAGCCCUGACGGUGAAAUUAUAGUGCCACAAGAUGGACUUUACUUUGUUUACUCGCAGGUUUAUUUCCAGAUGAUUCCAUCACAACCACCUGGAGGGAACUUUUUUCAAACAAUAUACAAGAGGACAACCACUCACUCACAGCCCAUUCCUCUUGCAAAAGCAAGGGAGGUGCCGAGCUUAGAUCCGACCUUUAACACCCAACUCUUCUCUAGCCACCAGGGGGCACUGUUCCAACUGCAUAAGGGAGACAAACUCUUCCUCUCUGUUUGGGAUAUGAAUGCUGUUCGCUUUCUGCCAGACUCCACAUAUUUUGGUGCAUUUAUGGUCAAAUGAGUUUCAUAUCUAUAUGUAUUAUGAUCAAAUUAUUUCUCUAUAAUUAAGCCUCAGGGAAUAUUCUACAUUUGUUAACAAAGUCAUAUCAUUUCAUAAGAGGUAUUGUAUGUUGCUGUUAUUUAUCUAUAAGACAUAGGCCUACAGUAAAUACACAAUUCAUACCCCAGGCAAAUUUUGAUUUAAUGUUGAUUUUGUUUGUUCUGACUGAAAAUCACACUGCCACAUGCCAAAAGGUUGUAAGAUAAUGUAGUAGAAACAUGGAAUCAAA